CUUCGGCCAUCCUCUCUCUCUCUCUCUCUCUCUCUCUCUCUGUGUGUGUGUGUGUGUGUGUGUUCGUUCCUCGGAACAAGUGCCCACCAACAACAACAAUAGCAGCAAUAAUAGAGGGAUCUCCACCUCCUCCUCCUCUUCCACCAGGUCUUCUUCUUCUCCCCCUUCUACUCCACCCGAGACUCCAAGGAGAAGCAUGGAAGAAAUUUGGAAGGAUAUCAGCCUCAGCACUCUCCACCAGGGCCUGGAGGCCAAAUCCACCUCGACCACCUCCUUCAACGGCAUCGUCCUUCAAGACCUCCUGGCUGGGGCCUUUAAAAAGCCACCCCCUGUUUCGGCUCCUCUUAAUAAGCUUCCCCUGCCUCCCUUCGCUGGCCUCAGCCUGAACUCUGGCCACCUCGUGGUCUAUCCCAACUCCAGCAAUUCUGAUACUAAUGGUGCUGCUUCCUCCGCAGGCCUCGUCGCCUGCGGCUCCAAGAAGAGAGCAUUAGAGCAGCAACUGGAAGCGAGCUUGGGCCAUGGCAGUGGCGCCGAUGGACGGAAGAAGAGGAUGAUCAAAAACCGGGAGUCGGCGGCUCGUUCUCGAGCAAGAAAACAGGCUUAUACACAUGAGCUGCAGCGUGAGGUUGCUCGUUUGCUAGAUGAGAACAGAAAGCUGAAGAGAAUGUUUGAGGAGUUACGUUUGGCGAUGGAAGCUCAGGUACCUGCAGCCAAGCGCACGCUGCAGAGGACCUCAACAGCUCCAUUUUGAGGGGUUAAAAAAGAUAAAACGAAGAGUGGGGUUGUGGAAGCCUCUUUCGAAAAGAACACGACAGUUGGAAUAUCUUUUAAGUCCCUGUAUCUCUCUUUAUUCCUCCCACCCCAAUCCCUUCGCCACCCCACCAUUUCCUCUCCCAUGUACUUGCUUACAGACCUUAUGCAUUAUAUUUCUUCCCAUAUGGGUUGUGCUU